CGGGUCAGCGGUGUCUCAUUCAAUAUGGCGGAACAGACGGUCAAAGCUUGAUCCGAGCGAGGAACCACGUUUCACCGGGGUAAAAUGGAUUUGAUUUAUAACGUGGUGUGGUCAACAGCAAAGCCAAUUAAGAGCAAUCUUUGUGGCAAAGUGGUUGUUGCUUGGUCCUGCAGAAAUCUUGUAGCGUUCAGUACUGGGUACAGGAGACUUCAUUCUGGUGAAGGAAGCAAUCCAAGUGGUGCAAAUGAACAAAGUAAAAGAUCACUGAUCACAAAUGCCAUUAAUAUCUUGGAUCCUGAUUCCCCUUGGGAUGUGUGCAGUUUUAGAUCUGGUCAUGAGGAGUUGAUUCAAACUCUGACUUGGGAUGGCACUGGAUCAAGACUUCUCUCAACAGACCUUGUUGGAGUUUGCAAACUCUGGGUUAUGAAGGAUCAUAUGGUGAAUGACUGGGAAUGUGUUUGCACUGUUGAUGUGGGUGAAGGAGAGAAAUUAGUAGCCAUCUCAUGGAUAGAUACUGGCAUUAAGAACUUGUUCAGCUUGUCUGAAGAUCAGCAACUCUCUCAGCAACAUCCUGUUAUGCAUAAGAAUCUCAGUGAACGUUUCAAGACCAAUCGAAGCAAACCUCCAUUGGUCGAGAUUGGAGGCAUGAGGGCCAAGGAUGGCUGGGUGGCUAUCAGUGAAACUGGCCUUAUUUGUGUAACAACCAUCAUGCCAGAAGUACAAAUCACAAGAAAAUGUUUGGCUCAAGUGAGGACAAGAGUAGCUGUGGCUGAUCUGGCAUUUUCUAGCAAGGGUAAGGUUAUUGUGGUGGCAAAUGAUGGUGAGCUAUGCAGCGCUGUGCAGUUCUACCGAGUCUCUUUAUCAGGUGGGCCAGAAAGACCGUUUGGCAGCUGUAUUAAACGGUGGGAAAUGAAGAAAGAAAUAAUCCAACUCCAUGAACGAUUUAAACAGGAAACAAUUGCUCGUCCACGUCUUCAGAAUUACAGUGUAUAUGAGUGGAGGAACAUCAACACAUACAAGGAUGCAGCGAGGAUUUUAUCUCUUUGCCUUCCUCGUCUACCGACACCGAAAGUGGACUUUUUACCUAUGAGUAAUCUGUUGACUUACCCUGCAUCAAUCUUGCUGGUUCAAUAUGACGACGACAGACUUCAACUGUUAAACAGUGUAGGUCUCAUGCCAAGUGGGUAUUUUCCGACCGGCACCAAAAUGCAAAGUUCCGUUGACAGUGACUUGGGUGUUGCAGCCAAGAAGGCACGUACUUCAGUAGAACGUUACAGUACCGGUUGUCUUGGUGCCAUCUGUUACUCUCCCUGCUGCUGCUGUGCAGUAGGAGUUACCAUGACAGGAGAUCUUCGCCUUUUUAAACUGCAUCAUCUGGGAGACAGUAUGGGUGGAAUUCGUCUUAAACGCAGCCUGACCGAUCUUCUGCAGUACUGUCUUCUCACUGGAUGGGAAUGGUGGGAUGUUCUUAUGGCAGCACAUCUUGGAACUCCUGCAGAUACUCUAGAUGCCAUGUUAAGGCAACUCACAGAUGAGUUCAGCAUUCAGGACAUUCCUCAGCAGCAGAUUCGUCUUUCCAGAUUCAGAGCGAUCAAGGCAAGCCUGUUCAGGUGUAUGAAGGACGGAGCAGGCCAGGCAGUUGAUUGCUAUGUUCGUCAACUGCUCGUUGCCAUAGCAGUAUUCUUUAGGUGUCUACUGAAGUCAUCACACAGUGCUGCUGAACAACUUAAUAAGAUUUCAACGACCUUAGAUGUUGAAGUAGACAAAGUGUUGCAAGUCUUGGAUACAAAGGAGCUGACUUUGGAAAGCACAACGUUACUUUCAAUGUUUCCUCUCAUCCAAUGGCUGACUGACCUGGCCAUGUUUGUAGUGGUGUCUUUCACUUCUCACCACAGUAAAGACUCUGCACCUGGGGUAAGCUUGAUUCGUGACACCAACACCCUUGGUACUUUGCGGGAAAUGUUGGUGCUGAUUCGUUUGUGGGGACAAACCACUCCUACGGUACUGCCGUCCAUUACUCCAUCCGCAGACAAGAACGAGUCCUUGGCGUUGCUGUUCAAAAUUUUCACAAAGAUUUGGCUUCUCAGCAGACAGGCCAGUGCAGAUGAUCCCGACAUGCAUGUCGAGGACAGACUGGCUGCUGAAGCCGCUCCUCUCAGUCCAAAUCCGAUGUUUCUUCAAAACAUGCAGAUACCAAAUUUGAGUAGAGGAGUGUCCGGCAGAGCAGUAAGUGGAAGCAUUAGGCCAGGCCUGUAUCAGUUCGGGACACCACCAGUUUGGCGAACAUCUCAUCAAGUCUUUCACCCAUUUGCGUCGGCCAUUUUUCCGAUACCUGCUGAUGGCUCGUAUGCCAUAGAUGUCGUGCGGAGAAUCUACUUGGACAAAUCAUCAGAGACAAGGUUGAAACAGUGCACGAGGUGUAACUGUGUAUCACUGGUAGAUGGUAUCAGUGACCAUGCGGCAGCAAAGGCCUGGGAACAGCGAUGGGUCAGAGCAUGUGUCUGCGGUGGCAGCUGGAGGAGAUUACCCUUCAAGGAACAACAGAAUGUUGCGGCGGCCGCCGCUACUCCUGCUUCGGCAACUGCUGCUACUGGUGCUGCCACCGUUCCUGUCGCUAGCCAGUAGGACCGCGGUUUAAAACGAGCAAAGCUCUUGCUACAGCCUAAAACCAGGCACGCAUGUAUCCUAUCAAGCUCUCUGUUGCCAUAAGAGAUGAUCGUGUGUACAAAGGGAUGAUGUUGUGGUUGGCGUGUCGUUCGUAACUAUGGCUAACCCUCCACAGACUGAUAUGACGUUGCUGUCAAAUUAACACGACUGAAGACUCGAGACUUGUCGUUCUCAUUGUGGACGAACCUCAGUUGAACUUACACCCAAGCUCAUACAGGGAAAAUCAGUAAUAAUCUGAGUAUGUUUGCGCGCUUAAUUCUUUGCCCGCACAAGAUACCUACGCAAUCCCAUCCCGAUGACAUCGCUUCACAGAGUUGCAUCAUGUCCGGUUGGUUGAUUCUUGCAAGCCAAAACUGAAAAACCGUGGAAAAUUGUAGCCGCCAUUAACCGUGCAAAAUUCUAACCGCCAUUUUCUGGUCGGAAUUCGGCAAUCUCUCGAACGGGUGAAGAAAUAAACGCUCAGACUCAGACAUGUUUCGGAACCAACAAAUCAGUUGACAGGUUUGUAUGAUAGUCUAGAUAUAAAAAUACGUUAUAUAAGAAUGCCUGUAGUUUAUUUUAUAAUGCGGACAAAUUAUUUGCCAGAUGUCUUUGCCAGAAGAUGAGACAAAGAGACCAAGAAAAAUAUUUCGUUUUGUGAAGUCUUUACUAGGUCUUUUUAUAACCUUUCGAUACUUGAAAGUUUAAAUGUUAUUGAUCAGAAAAUAUGUGCAAAAUUCAACCCGUUCAUUUUCGUUUUAUAUUAUAUAGUAUUUAUUUUUUACCACCCAAGGGACAUCUGUUCAGUUACUUCACGUAGUGAGGGUGGCCUUUCUCACCUGACUGAAGAAAGAUUGGCGGGAAAAAAAAAGUGUAAACCAUAGACGACAUAACGCAGUGGUGUUGUGAGAAACACGUGAACUAUGUCUUCAUUUGCAUGCAUUUAGAAAUCGUCCACUUGCACUAUAGCUUUUAAGUAGAUUAGUACUAACUUGAUAAAAUCCCACGAGGAAAAUCAUUGCAUAUUAAUUGUGGUUACUAAUUCAGUUUUUCAAUUGCAUGAGCUCGUAUUCUUGAAGGUUUAUACUUUCUAUGGACAACGUUUUUCAGUCAGAUGUAGUUGUUGUAGUUUGGGAACGUUUUCGUCAUAGUCGACUUAUGUUUGCUCUUGUAAUAAAAUCACUGUACCGUACUUACUCAGUGUUGUGUUUUUUAAUCACAGUGGAUCAUUCUGUAUCAAUCAUUUCAAUAUGUAAUUUCUACCUAUAGUGAUGUUCACUGUUAUU